CCAAUAAUAUCUAAAAAUAACUCCUUUUCUUUAUUACCAGCAAUAGUACAUAACCCCCACUACAUGUUUGCUUGAAUGGAGAUAUCGCCCGGCAAGACUACGAUCUGGGUAAAAAGAAGGUGAUUAAGAAAACAAAUAUUCGAUCAUUCAAUUCAUAUAGAAUGGGGAUUACUAGGCCAAGAUCUUCUGUCGAAAAAGAGCGCCACGAGAUCAAUGUCGACAAUCGUUCACUCACUUGUCGAGAAAUGGAGUCUUUGGUUGCCAUUUGUGACACAUUAUUACCAUCAAUCGAUAUUAAUAAUAAUUCUAUAAAAGAUGGUGUUGGUGAUGUCGAUAAUUCACCACUGAAACUUUAUCAAACUUCGGCUUCCAUGACCGGAACUGCUAAUCAUGUUGCAUCAAUGAUGAUAUUUAAAACGGAGCAUCCGAAACAAAUAUUGGUUCGGAUAACAUUGUGGUUGUUGUCGACAUCGAUCGGAACAAUGAUUUUAUGUGGGAGGGCAAGCUUAUCGAACGAAUUUCCAUACGUACAGAAAUUCUCAAGGGUGUCAGGGAAGAAAAGAGAAGAGAUAUUGGUAUCAUGGUCUCUAAGCUACUUUAGUCUCUUGAAAAUGUUUUUCCGUGGACUCAAGUUAGUCGUUCCCUUGGCAUUCUUCACUCAGGUAAAUGAGAAGAAUGAGAACCCUUCUUGGAAAGCCAUAGACUAUUGUGGACCUGACCCUGAUUUCAACAAACAAGUCCAACAGAGUUUCAGCCCAGAAACACUUUUUGGGCCACUUUAUAAAGGUAUAAUCCACCUUAACAAACCCAAACAAAUGAUUGUAGAAGCCAUAAAAAGCUCAAAACUAUCCAUCUCUUUACCUCACUAUCAAACUACACAAAAUUACAAGAAUUCCAAAGUUCCAUCAAUGAUCAUCAAAUGUGAUGCAGUAGUAGUUGGUUCCGGGUCGGGUGGUGGUGUAGUUGCUGGUGUUCUUGCAAAAUCUGGAUACAAAGUUGUUGUUUUGGAAAAAGGGAAUUACCAUGCAAGAAGUAAUCUUUCACUUCUUGAAGGUCAAUCUAUGGAAGAAAUGUAUUUAGGAAAAGGACUAUUAGCUACUAGCAAUAUGGGGGCUGUAAUUCUAGCUGGUUCUACUGUAGGUGGAGGGUCCGCGAUUAAUUGGUCUGCUUCCAUCAAAACACCAAAACAUGUGUUGAAUGAAUGGUCUGAAUGUUUUGAGUUAGAGUUGUUUGAGAGUAAGUUAUAUGAAGAAGCGAUGAAUGUUGUUUGUGAACGUAUGGGAGUUCAGUCUGAAGUGGAAGAGGAAGGAUUUAAUAACGCGGUCUUAAGAAAAGGAUGUGAGGAGUUAGGCUAUCCUGUUAUCAAUAUUCCAAGAAACGCUUCUUCGGAUCAUUAUUGUGGUUGGUGUUGCCUUGGUUGUAAAGAUGGUAAAAAGAAAGGUACUUCUGAGACAUGGUUAGUUGACUUGGUGGAAUCAGGAAAUGGUGCCAUUUUACCGGGAUGUGAGGUGACGGAAGUUGUGCAUGAUCGGAAAAAAGGCAAGGAUCGAAGCACGGCUAAAGGGGUUCUGUUUGAGUUUGUAAACCAAGAUGGAUAUAAAGAAGUUUGUUUGGUCGAGUCAAAAGUGACUAUUGUGGCAUGUGGAGCUAUGUGUACUCCUUUACUUCUUAAAAGAAGCGGGUUAAAGAAUCCAAAUAUAGGUAAAAACUUGCAUAUUCAUCCUGUGGCGAUGGCAUGGGGUCAUUUUCCGUCGCAAAUGUGGCCAGAAGAUGAGAAAAAGAGUUACAAAGGGGGAAUCAUGACUGCAAUGUCAAAUGUGGUGGCAGAUGAUCAAGGGUCAGGAUAUGGUGCUAUUAUACAAACACCAGCAUUACAUCCGGGGAUGUUUUCAACAGUCACGCCAUGGGUCUCGGGUUUUGACUUCAAGACUAGGAUGUCUAAGUUCUCAAGAACAGCUCAUGUAUUUGCAUUGGCAAGAGACAAGGGUUCAGGUGAAAUAUGCCCAAAAACAAAAAUUCACUACAAUAUGGACCUCAUGGAUGAACAGAAUCUGCAAAAAGGACUAGAGAAAUCGUUAAGAAUACUUGCAGCAGCUGGAGCAGAAGAGAUAGGAACCCAAAACAAUAGAGGGAGAACAUUAAAUGUGAAGAAUGCAAGUUAUCUUGAGUUUGAGAGCUUUGUGAAAGAAGAAAGCUCGAGGUCAAUGAGAGACUUGACAACACCGAUAUGUUCAGCUCAUCAAAUGGGGAGUUGUCGAAUGGGCGUUGAAGCAAAAGGGUCUGCAGUGAAUCCAACAGGGGAGACAUGGGAGGUAGAAGGGUUAUAUGUGGCGGAUACGAGUGUUUUUCCAACAGCAUUGGGUGUUAAUCCAAUGGUCACAGUGCAAUCCAUUGCUUAUUGCACUGCUCAAUCAGCCCUUGAAUCUCUUAAAAGAAUGAAGGACACCAUGUGCCAUACAUAGUUUCAUAUUACUGUAUUAAGAUAUGAUUUGAUACGAUAUAUACAGAAUGUAUAUAAUUCGUGCCAUCAAUCAUUCUAUCAAUAUCUUGCUUAUUAGUUAUUACCUGCUGUAAUGAUAUGUUGUUGUGAAAAUGAUGAGAAUAAACCCGUGUGAAAUGUUUAUGAUCAAUGUAAAUUUUUGAUUCAAUAUUA